CUCUUUUCCUUUAUAUUUGGAGUCUACAUCAUGUCAGCCAGUUAUGGUUCUUUACCAAUCACUAACAAUGAUAACCAUUCAUCGCAACCAUCUUCUUGGAGAAAGCAUCUUGGUGCCCGACUUGAAAGUGAUAAGGUUCACUGGACUAUUUUAGGAUUAACAAUGUUAGAUGCCGCUUGUGUUUUACUUCAAAUAUUAUAUACCUUCUUCCAUGAAUGCCAAGCCGAUCCUUCAAAAGUGUCUAUUUUAGUGUAUAAGCCCGUCAGUGAAGGCUGGAUUAUCUCGUUUGAACUUGCUGAAACUAUCUCCAUUAUUAUCACCUGUCUCUUCAUGCUGGAAUGUUGUCUUUCUUUUAUAGCUUUUGGUCCCAAAUACUAUCUUCCAGGUACUGAACAUUGGAAACUUCAUAUCUUUGAUGUAACUGUGGUUGUCUCUACAUUUAUAUUGGAUAUUGUUUUACGAGGCAAGGAACGUGAGGUGGCAGGUCUCCUGAUCAUCUUCCGAUUAUGGCGUAUAGUCAAGGUGAUGGAUGCUGUAGUGAAAGGAUUAUCAUAUACCAAUGAAGAACAAGUCGAGGAAUUGAUAAAACAAUUGGAAGAAUCAAAGCAAGCCCGGGCUUUAUUAGAACAACAAUUGGAAGAUGAACGUCGUCAAAAUCAAGAACUGCAAGCACAACUAUCUAAAUAAUCAUCAUUUUUAUCUACAAUUUUUAGAGUAGUUUUCAUUAUUGCUUUAUUCGUUCUAUUUAUCGACAAAAUAAAAAAAAAAAAGUCCAU